CUGUCCGGUCGUAUUCGGCAGGAGCUUUGGGCACUUUACCCGUUCGUCUGAAUGCAAGAUAUCCAAAUGGGCAUAAGCCUGAGGAGCGCGCCUAUUCCAAGUAGCGCUUUUGUAUUAAUAAACCUAUACACGCCAUCCUUGACAAAAUUCGUGCUGUUGUCCUCAUUCCACCAAUCCUUGCCCUAAUAAACUUAUUCCCAAUCUCCAAGCCAAGCUCCCAAAAGAAGCCGCGCCUUGCGGUACAGUCUUUGUGAGCUCGAGAGGAUUGUCUCGGAGAUGACACCAGACUUGUCGCCGCGCUCAGCGCAUCCAGAACCACCCUCCGAUGUGGGUUCACAGACUAGUUCCAUGGAAGAGCAACCAUCUGGUGAUGCUUCGGGUGAUUCUGACACAUUUUCUGAGCCUGAUGACGACGGUCCUUGGCAUCCACCAAAGAAUAUCUCCCUUCCUGAGGUCAACAUCUACGCUUUCACUGAGACGGGCCAAAAGGAAUCGUCGAUCAUCGUUCCAUUGCAGCGGGUGUACACCGGUACAAAGCCUGCGAUAUCAUCCCACCUUGCUGACACUCCCUGCGCUACUCUCGGCGUACAGGGCAUCCUAAAUCUACUCAACGCUACACUCGCAACAUCAUACAGCCUUGCUACACCAUCUCUCUCCUCCCUUCUUGACGAGUGCAUCGAAAACAACUGGGACUUUGGCACAGCAUAUGGCCGCCUCCGCCGGAUAUGGUACACCCGCGACUGGAGAACUAUACAAGACACAUUGCGCAAAUGGGAAGAGGAGGACCGGAAGAUGCGACGAAAAGCACUCGUUGGUAACCAGAUCAUCAACCCAGGGUUGCCACCUCGACGUGUGUGGGAUCUGCUCAGCAAUCGGGUGGUGCCAUGGUGGAGCACAGGCAUUCUCAUCGACGACUGGAAGCGCCGCCCUCAGCCGAUAUCACAUGCGUGGAUGGACGAGAAGGAUCGUGUCAAUGUGCGGACACUCAUCAACGGAUACGAAUGGCCUGUUCCCAUCCCGAAAGACACCAGCCUCAAGCUUGUUCGCAUUGAGACACUCAAUCUUGGAGCGGAGUAUGUGUGGUUGGACGUUCUUUGUUUGAGACAGGUGGGUGGACUGAGGGAGGAUAUGCGCACGGAAGAAUGGAAGCUGGAUGUGCCCACCAUCGGAGCAGUGUAUAGUAACGGGGCCGUUCCAGUGAUUUACUUGAGUGGACUGGGUCGGCCUUUGACAUUGAAGGAAGGCGACUUGGACAGUGAUCGGUCUUGGUUUAGACGUGCUUGGACACUACAGGAGGUUGGUGACUCGGUGAAGAGGGUGUUUGCUGGGGACAUGCCAGAUGGACCACUGCAUGCCAAGCAUAAGGACAGGAAGUAUGAAACUCCGCUACUGACCAGGUUUCACAAGCAGCUGGCGUCUAUGGAGGACGUUUCGGAUCUACUGUUUGAGGCACUGGAGGACAUGCAGAAACGGGUGUCGGUCAACCCAGUGGACAAAGUCGCGGGACUAGCAUUUGUCAUGCGGUGCAAGACAAUACCGGCAUACUAUGAGAGCCAGUCUCUCGAGGAUGCAUGGACAGCAAUCGUGAAUCUGAUGGCUGGAGUGGUUCGUGGGCAGUUCUUCUCCGUCUAUCCUGAACCUGGCAAUGCAGACAGAAAAUGGAGACCAUCAUGGGACCAGCUUAUGACGAAGUCUCUGCCUGCAAGUGACGUUCUUGACCCCGACAAUGAUGUUAAUUGGGAUGAUGUGAUGGAUGCAGACUGGUGUGUUGGGCCCUGCAUUGAGAAGGGGUCGGUACGGGGGUUGGCUGUUGUGGAAGGGGGUAAUCGACAUGGACAGUUGAUUGUUAAAGGCAAGGAUGGGAUGAGACAUCAAUUCAAGAUCACGGCCACCCACACGUACUCGAUACCUGCAGACACAUACACACUGAUUUGUGUGGAUGAAUUGAGCUUAAAGUUCCGACUCCAAAAUUGGGUUGUCGGGCGGAGACUGCCAGGGGAAAGAUUUGAGAAAGUGUCGGUGUUGCAAAUUCCUGAUAAAGAAGAAUGGAGGCAGUUAGAGGAUCCGCAUAUUACUGAAUGGUGUCGGAAUAUUCUUGUUUGAGUAUGCAUUGUACUAGCCCUUCUUAAAUCCAGUACUAGCUUAGUACUAGCUAUCAUGCCUACCUGAGAGUAUACGAAGGACUGCUCUUAUGAAGGGUUCACACAGUUGCUGCUAGAUAUAAAGGCUUGUUGGUUGCAAAAACCUGCACUAUACU